AUGAGCCAGGAACUAAUUGACUUGAUGGGGAGACGGCUUGCAGAAGCAGCGACAUAUCGUUGUCAGGAUUGUCAUGGUUGCGAAUUAUUUUACAUUCCGCUUCAUAGAAUGGAGCGAUGGGAUGGUAUCUCAUUUUACAGUGUUACCUUGAAGUCCAUGGGGAUCCGUUUACAACUUGGACAUGCUUCUGGUGUUCGGUGCAUCAACCCACUCCCUGCUCACAACGACGACUUUGUUAUCAUCGACUACAACGGCAUCUAUGAAGUAGGGUUAGAUUUCUGUGGAUGUGCAUAUGCCGAACUGCACAUCAUUCAACUACUACAGUUCUCUGCGUUUGAAUUCUACAAAACAGCUGCUUGUUUGACAGACAAUACUGGAAUUCAUAUACCAAAGGAUCGUUACGAGGCGUUGUUACACAUGAUGCGAGAGUGGCGCUUCAUCAAGCAGAUGAAAUGUGCUGGUCAAGGUGCCUGCGCCGUUUUGUGUCCUGCGUGUCCCCACGCAGGCAAAAACUUACCAGAUGGAUGGGAAAAUGCACCAUCCGAAAUACGUGGAUAUGCAUUUUUUGUGGAGGAACAUGCAUAUAAAGAUUUCAUUGGUUCACACGAGCAAGUCGUCCAGGAGUUGAGUUCAUGCUCCAGUCACAACACGGUCAACCUUGCAGAUUUGAGAGUCUCACGUGGCCUUGCAGCCACUGGUGCCGGUACUAUUGAUUGCGCAAGACACAAUUUCAAACAGCCCUGCUCAGUUGGUGACCUACAGAAGGGCGAAAGGUACCUUAACAUGGAUUAUUUAUUCUUCUCGAGCAUGCAGUCUUCAUCGGAGAUAUUGACAUUGAACAUCUCAUACGAUAUCGCUUGUCAAUGGAGCAAACAUCUCUGGACACGAAUGUCCGCCUUCCCACACCAGUACCACAUCAAGCAUGACCGAAAGUCAAUCACAUUUCUCAUACCAAAAUUCCACCUGCCAACCCAUGUGGCCAAAUGUCAGUCAAACUUUUCCUUCAAUUUCAUUAAGGGCAUUGGUCGCACAGAUGGUGAAGCUCCCGAGCAUGGCUGGGCCGACAUAAACCCCAUCACAACAAGCACAUGCAAAAUGGGUCCCGGUUCAAGGCGCGACACCUUAGAUGACCACUUCAACGACUGGAACUGGAAGAAGAUCUGUGCAAUGGGUUUGAUUUUCCACCGAAAGUACAACUUUGCAUUAAUUGAGGUGCAAGAACACGUCGAUGAUCUCAUUAAUUUUGAAGCUUCCCUAGCUGCAGAUGAGUUAGUUGAAUGGAGGAGGGACAUUGAAGCAUGGGAGGCAGACCGUUCACAACCAAACCCAUUUGAAGGCAGAGCUAUGACGACAAUGACUCAGGCUGCCAUGCGCCUAGCCUUAUCAAUGGCUGAGGCUGCAGAGAUUGAGUGUGACAACAACAUGUCCCUACACGAUGAUAUAUCACCCUCUGUGUUAAUUUCAUCAGGAUUAGAACUCAAAGAUCAGCAGCACCGUCUUGGCUUUGAUGCCAAGGCGAUUGGACAACACACUACAGAUGUCCAGAAGGGCAAGAUCUUACAGCGCAUGAAUGCUCUUCGCCGACGCAUUGACACCUGGGCCCGGGUGCAGGUGUUGUAUAUGCCUAGUGUCUCCCGCCUGCGGUCACCAGAUGACAUUGCCACUGAAAUGAAGGCCCACAACAUCAGCCUUUUUCUGCUGUCCUCUCUGCCCCAGCGAGUGCCAUGUGACGACCGCUUGCUCAAACAUGAGUGGGAAUUGCGUGAAGCUCAGGCAUACAACACACUGAAUGACCUCCGCACCGUGCUUAACCUGCGAUACCACCUUUACAAGUAUAAGGACACCUUUAUUUGGGGACAGCGAGCAAAUACCCAAGCAAAUGGAAUCAUCAACAAUGCUGAACAUCGCAUCGACACCUUAUCACUUAAGUAUUCCACCGCUAGAGAUGCACUCGUGAAUCUGGCAGCAAGGCUAGGUAAGACCGAUGACUGGGAGAGGAGCCUCAAGCCACUCAACAAGCAAAGGGAUGCCGUCCCACUCAAACACGACGAUGGCCGAACGGUGGGGCAACAAAGUAUAUCAUGGAUCUGGAGGACUUCAGGCUUUAACAGCAAUGAGCUAGGGCUACAGGACUCGCUACAUGUUGAAUGGUGUAAGGCGCGAGCACGAGCUCAUCGCUGGGAGGAAGAAGUACAACUACUACGGGAGGAAAUGCGCUGCAUUGCAGGCUGGUGGGACAUGCAAGGUCUGCAGCGUGCUUUGAACUCACUGCAGGCUGGAGAGGGUGCUCUUGCUUAUGUGCAGCGCCAGGCUAAUCUACAUCGACAGAUGGUCAUACACAUCAAAUCUGUGUGGGCAGCCAACCCUUCAUGGCAAGAAGCUCCCCUUCUUGCAGUCCAUCUUCAUUCCGAGUUGCCAAUGCUGAACUCCCAUUCCCCUGUCCAUUCAAGUGUCUGUCAUGACUUGAUUUGA